ACAACAGUCAUGGAAGAUGGAAAUGGAAUGCAAGCAACGUUACUUCGACACGACGAAGACGUGGAAGAAGGUGAUUUGAAAGGGAGAAUAUGGGACGAAUCAAGAAGGAUAUGGAGGGUCGCAUUGCCAAGUGUCAUAUCAAGAAUAUGCACAUUUGGAACUAUUGUUGUCACACAAUCAUUUAUCGGCCAUAUUAGUAACAUAGAUCUUGCCGGCUUUGCCCUUGUUCAAACACUCAGUGUCCGCUUUGUCAAUGGAAUCCUUUUGGGAAUGUCGAGUGCAACCGAAACUCUUUGUGGUCAAGCGUUUGGAGCAGGUCAACACCACAUGAUGGGCAUUUACUUGCAAAGAUCAUGGAUCGUUGACUUAAUUACUUUAACCGUCUUACUCCCGAUUUUCAUCUUCUCUACACAAAUUUUCAAACUUCUUGGGCAAGACGAGGCUGUAGCAAAUAGCGGCGGUUACAUCUCUCUAUGGUUCAUACCUUUUGUCUACAAUUAUGUCUUCAGCUUGACCCUGCAAAUGUACCUACAAGCACAGUUAAAAAACAUGAUCAUUGCAUGGCUUUCAAUCUUCCGAUUCGGGUUCCACAUCCUUUUGUCUUUUCUUCUUGUGUAUACGCUAAACCUUGGGGUUGCUGGUGCAAUGAUCGCAUUGUCCGUGUCAUCAUGGUUUCUUGUGUUUGGAGAAUUCGUUUACGUAUUUGGUGGUUGGUGUCCUAAUUCUUGGAAAGGAUUUACGGUAGCUGCGUUUAAGGAUCUUGUUCCUGUUGUGAAGCUUUCCAUAUCUUCUGGUGUGAUGCUCUGCUUGGAGUUAUGGUACUAUGCGGUGCUGGUCUUGCUUGCGGGUUACAUGGAAGACGCAGAGGUUGCUAUAUCUGCUUUCUCCAUAAGCCUGAACAUCUAUGCAUGGGAGUUCAUGAUCUGCAUUGGUUUGUUAGGCGCCGCAUGUGUCCGGGUGUCAAAUGAAUUAGGGAGAGGAAAUGCCAAAGCAGCAAAGUUCUCAAUUAAAGUCUUGUUGGGGACUUCUAUUGCGAUCGGAGUGUUUUUCUUUGUUCUCUGCUUGAUUUUUGGAAGAAAACUUGCCUACUUGUUCACCGAUGACGAAAGAGUUGCAGAUACAAUAUCAGACCUUUCUUUGCACCUUUCCUUAUCAAUUUUACUCAAUAGCAUUUAUCCUGUUCUCUCGGGGGUGGCGAUUGGAGCAGGAAUGCAGGGUAGUGUAGCAAUUGUGAACCUCAUUUGCUUCUAUGUGAUCGGUAUUCCAAUAGGGGCAUUGCUCGGUUACUUGACUGACCUUCAAGUAAAGGGAAUAUGGAUGGGUAUGAUUGGUGGCGUUGUGACAGAGACAAUCGCGCUUAUGUAUAUGGCAUGGACAACCGACUGGGACAAGCAGGUUAAGAAGGCUUCAGAACGGCUAAACCGGUUCUAUGUUAAGACGUCUGAAGAUCCCGAGUAAAUGCAAUAGAUAUGCUUCUAUGAGAAGGUUAGCUUCUUUGGUAUUUAAUGUGACUAGAUUUUGUAGUAAACAAUUCAAAGUGUAGUUCUCUGUAAAUAUAUUGGAUUUGUAGACAUCCCUAAUGUAUUGUUCCUGCCUGGUAAAACCGAACAAGCAAUCACUUGAUAACGAGCCGUCAUAGAGCCGUUGCCACAGGAAGAAGCCUAUCUAUUGUUGCUGCCAAAAUGUAAUACAGUGGUGCAUCAAAGUUUGCAAGUUUCAUGUAUAGUUGCAAUGGGUUUUGGUGUACAAGUUUAUAAUGGUUAAUCAAAACAUGUUACAACGAUAAAUCAAGCUUUACAGGAUUUGAUAAAG